AUGAAGUGGGCUUGGAAGAUAGUGGUAGAUAACUCAAGCCUCUGGAGUCGACUGGUAGAAGCAAAGUACCUAAAGAAUCGGUGUGUUUUAGAUGUGGCACCUAAAAACUCCGACUCAAUUCUUUGGAAAAGCAUCCUAAAUGUCAGAAGCCACAUCUCAAAGGGCAUUUGCAGGAAAAUAGGGGAUGGGAAGGCAACCUCUAUUUGGUUCCACCCUUGGGUUCCCAAUGGCACUCUCCAACCCCAACCUCGAGCGGAGGCCGCGGGUAACGUCAGUCUUGUCAGCAACUUCAUAUCGGCCAACCACUGGGAUGAGGAUAUGGUAAGGCGUUGGUUCAACAGUGAUGAUGUUAAAAGAAUACUCAACAUCACACUGCCUCUGGAACCAACAAAGGAUUCUUGGAUUUGGAGUCCUGAAGAUAAUGGGAAAUUCAGUAUCAAGUCAGCUUACAGAGUAGUUAAGAACAUGGGGGUGAUGAGUGUGGAUGAUUCUAAAUGGAGGAUAAUCUGGGGGGCCAAAAUCCACAAUAGACUAAAGAUGUUUUGGUGGAAGAUAUUAGCUAACUACCUACUCACCCGUAGUAAACUAAGCUCUCUGUUCAAAGUGGAUGAUCCAAAUUGUCCCCUGUGCGGCAUUAAGGUGGAAGACACAAUCCAUCUAUUUUGGUCAUGUCAAUUCGCAAGAGCAGUUUGGUUUGGAAGUCUUUGGCACCUCAGAACUGAGAACUACUCUCCCACUAACUGGGACUCUUGGUUACUGCUUUUCAAGGAGGAGCAAAACCGUCCUUUGGGACUAAGCUUCAGCAUGUUCUUAAAAGGGGCGGCAAUAAUUUUCGAGCGCAUUUGGAAGGAAAGGAAUAACAUUAUUCACGGCGUUCACCCCUCUCCAAUCUCUACAGUGAUAAGGAUAAUUGAUAAGAGGCUGCAGGAAGCUGUGGUUCACCAUGAAACAUACCCAAUUCCUCAGCCACAAUGGCUUUCCCCACCGCCGGGAUGGGUUAAGUGCAGCACAGAUGUAGCCAUCGACAACAACUCUUCCGCUGGUGCUGCAAUUUUCUGGAACGAGGAAGAUGAAAUCAUUGGUUUGUUUACAAUCAAACUCAAUUACUGUGACUCUCUUGCAGGUGAAAUUGCAGCUCUCGCCUAUGGGGCGGAAGUGGCUGCUACUCUCCACUGUAGCAAAGUAAUUUUCCACAGCGACUCCGUGAACGCAAUCACUGCCGUUCGAUUUGCAAAUAACAAGAUCCAGGCUCUGCAUCAUAACAUACAAGACGUGGUUCGAAUGUUCAAAAGAUCAUCUGCUGCUUUGAGUCUUUGGGAAGCUCUUUGGAUUCCAAGAGGACUCAAUGGUGUUGCCCACUGUGUGGCUAGAUGGGCGAUUAAUUCCCAACAGUUUGGGUGUAUUAAUCUCACCGAUUUUGACGGUUCCCUGCUAACUGGUUAA